UAGAAGAAGAAGAAAAAUGUCACUUUAGAGCAUUUGUGUAAAGCAAUUAUGCUGCGUAGACAGGCCCGAUUAAGACGUGAAUACCUUCAUAAAAAGGCGGUGGAAGUACGUCAGAAUAAAAUUCUAGAAAAAAAGAAUCAACUCGCGAAAAGUUUGGCUAACAAUAGACCUAUCCGGGGCUCUUUGCAAGCGGAAGCUGUACAACUGCAAAAUAGUCUCAAAUAUGAUAAAGAAGGGGUUUGUGGUGAGGACGUGGACGACGAGUACCGGUACGCGGGUUACCAAAAUCCAAAAAUAAUGUUAACAACUUCCCACGAGCCGUCAUCUAGGUUGAAAAUGUUCGUAAAAGAGCUUAGGUUAAUAUUUCCUAACGCAAAACGAAUGAACCGUGGAAAAUACGAAUUGAAAGAAUUGAUCCACGCUUGUCGAGCUAACGACGUAAGCGACUUUAUUGUUGUACACGAACAUCGAGGAGUCCCCGAUAAUUUGAUAAUUUGUCAUUUGCCCUAUGGACCAACAGCGUUCUUUAACAUUUCUGGCGUUAUCAUGCGCCAUGAUAUACCAAAUAUUGGUACCAUCAGUGAGCAAAAACCUCAUUUAAUAUUUCAUAAUUUUAAAACAAAGCUUGGUGAACGUACUUUAAAAAUACUCAAACAUCUUUUCCCGGUACCCAAAGAAGAUUCUAAACGAGUUAUUACAUUUGCUAAUAAUGACGACUACAUAGCCUUUCGACACCACGUUUUUGAGUAUGUAAAUAAAGAAUUACAACUUGUUGAGGUUGGUCCACGUUUCCAACUCAAGCUGUACCAAAUAAAAUUGGGCACUUUAGACGAGAUCCAAGCAGCGAAUACCGAAUGGGUUCUUAGACCUUACAUGAAUACGUCGUCAAAAAAACGCUUUCUGUCCGACGAACCUGGUUGGGAAGAAGAAGACAGUGCGAAUAAUAAUUAAGAAUUUAUUAAGUUUCAUUGUGUUCAGGAAAAUAAACUACUUUUCUCUAUUUUGGUUCAUGUUUAACUUUUUGAUACAAACAAAAUUGCGAAUUAAUAAAAUAAUCGAAAUGCGUGAAAA